AUGACGGAACAACAGGUUGAACAUUACAAAAAAAUUGCUUUUUUUGGUGUGGCAAUUAGUACAGUAGCUACAAUAUGUAGUGUAAUUGUGACACCACUUCUUUACUACUAUAUUCAAAUUAUACAAACAACUUUGACAAACGAAAUUGAAUUUUGUAAACAACGUUCAAAAAAUAUGUGGAAGGAAUAUGCAAAUAUUGAGGAGAUGUUAAACGUCAAAGAACAACGUUCGUGGCGUAGUCCACGUCAAACAAAUUUCGAUUACUACUCACCAAUGAGUAAUGGAGAAACAUCACCCUAUGAUGUUUUAAGACCUUAUUCGGAUCCCAGAGUAAUGCAGGCACAUACGGUUUAUGAUAUUCAGGGUCCAUACUCAAAUCUUGGUUUACCGCAAGUGCAAACAGGUGUUUAUGAUAUUCCAGGACCGUAUCUGGAACCUGAAAUACCGCAAACAGAAGUGUACCAGAAUUCUGUAUGCUGUAGUUGCAAAAUUGGUGAAGCAGGCGAAGUAGGGCCACCUGGACCACCAGGAGAUCCAGGAACUGAUGGGUUGCCGGGUAAAAAUGGUCGUCGAGGUCCAGAUGCAAUUGAAGGAUUGGAUUUUCGCUAUCAGGAAUGGUGUUUCGAUUGUCCACCAGCACCAGCUGGUCCUCCUGGUCUGCAAGGACCAAAGGGACCUCCUGGUCAACGUGGUGCACGAGGCCUUGAUGGACAGAAUGGAGCUGAUGGACUAAUCGGGUUUCCUGGAGAACCAGGCAGACGUGGACCUCGUGGAAGUCCUGGAUUAAGAGGACAAGCAGGUGAACCAGGGAAGAUUCAUAACAUGCCGGGCAGGAAAGGAAUACCGGGUCCACCAGGUUUACCCGGUCCACCGGGACCUGAUGGUAAGAAUGGACUUGAUGGACAAAAUGGACAUCGAGGACCACCGGGUCCUCCCGGUGCACGAGGACCACCAGGACCACCAGGACGACGAGGAGCACCUGGUUCUGAUGGUCUUGCUGGCAAAAAGGGUAGCGGAAGUGAGUGUGACCAUUGCGCAUUGCCACGUCUUGAAUCAUCUGGUCACUCAUAA